AAAGAAAGAAAAGCAACAAAGAACUACAAGAUAAUCCCCCCGGCACUUAGGCAAGCAUGCAUCAGUGCAGAGAUAAGCAUUAUGCGGUGACCAAACUUCGACACCUAUCAACGCGGAUCAAGACGUCAAUAUAAGUACAUUCUUAUCGAGCCUCGGAACAAAGCCUAGUACCAUGGCCACUGCAAUCAAAAUCGCCAACAAAGUUCAAUUCCCUCGAAUCCGUCAUUCCGUCCCCGGGGCGAAUAUCGCGUUAUCCAGAGACACACACACAUCGGCUGCGGCUUGUUUACAGUAGCAGGUGCCGGUGUGGGCAGCUCUUUCCAUUGAGUUAUAGUGUAGAAAGCAAAAGGAGCGUAAGUGAGUACAAGUACAAGUUAAGCGGCGACGGCGGCGACGGCAGUCUCUCGAGUGAAUCGGGGAUAGAGAGGAGCGAGAAGAGAAACAGGAGAAGAGCGCGAUAAACGCACGGACAGACACAGACACACACACACACACACAGGGCUCUCCGGCACUCGGACGCGCUGGACUGGCCUGCGAGCAGCUCGCGACUCUCCUCGAAGGUUCGCCGUUGUUGUGGUGGUUUGGUGCAUUGUGAGCAACUCGCGUGUGAAAAUCGAAGCGAUCGAUGGCCACAUAGUGAUACAUUGUCGUUUAGAGGAGUAAAUAAGCGCGACCGUCAGUCAUUAUCGGCAAGAAGAGUACGCACGAAGGGUAAGAUCGAUAAAACGUCGGCGUGUGAAUCAGUGCGCGGCAAGAUUCGCGAGGAGAGAUAGGCCCUCGGGGAUUCGCGGAGCUUUUAAUGGAAGCUUCGGUGCCCAACUGCCGUACUGGGACGAGGCGCUUCCUUGAGGGCACUUCUACGAAUUGUUGGACGCUAUUCCCGCCAUUCGGAACAUGACAACGACAGAGAGCAAGUCCAGCGGCUCGACCUCUUCGCCCGGAUGCCGCAUCUGCUACGAAGACGCUGCCUCGGAGGAGCUGAUAGAGCCGUGCGAGUGCUCGGGUACCCUCGGCCUCAUCCACGCGAGCUGCCUCGAGCGCUGGCUCUCCACCUGGAACACCGAUCGCUGCGAGAUCUGCAAGUACGGCUUCGCGGUCGAGCGCAGGAACAAGCCCCUAACUCAGUCCUUCUGGCAAUGGUGGCGAACGCGAGGAGUGUACGGGCCGCAAGGCGUCACGGGCGACGCGAUUUGCCUGGUGGUCCUGACGCCGCUCUGCUUCGCGACGACGUACCUCUGCGGGGUCGGGGUCACGGCCUACUCGAGACUCGGCUUCUGGGAGGGCACCGGACUCGCCGUCCUCUGCUGCAUGCUCGUCGCCACCUACUUUCUCUGGUUCUUCGUCACCAUCAGGUUCCACUACAAAUCGUGGAGGCAGUGGUGCAAGCGCAACCAAAACGUGAAGCUACUCGUCAAGUGCAAACUUCCGGAGGAGGAGAGGAAAGCGUCGAAGAAAAACGAAGACGAGGAUCGAGAUGGUCAAGACAGCGAACUCGUGCAGAGGAAUUACGGCUUCGGGAGAGUCUUCCUGUGGCUCAACUUCUCCUUCGCUCCCAAUACCGAGCCAGUUUACAAUUUUCAUCAGCAGACGACUUUCGUCUGACGAUUUUCCUGCGCCAAGUUUUACGAUGAUUAAGACUCUUUAGUUUAUUAUCUACACUUUAAGCUUUUUUUUUUUGUAAAUACAAACGAAGAUGCUAUUUUACUUAGUAACUCAGCGAGUGCGCGAUUUAGCGUUUAAGUUAGGUAUUUCUGAUUUUUUUUUUUUAACGAAACGAAGACUGCUUAGGAUUUUGAAACAAUGUACAGAAGGAGUUUGUCUUUACUUCGAAUGAGAAGAAUACUCGUGUGAAAAAUAAUUUUUUGAUACGUUGUAUAUUUAAAGUGUUAUGGCGAGAUCGCGAUGAAAGUUGCAGUACUGUAAUCAAAAAUAAUUUUGUAUGGUCGAAUUAAAAAAAUGUACCACGAUGUAACUGCAAACGAAUGCCAUAAAACAGUUAUUAAAAAUUCAA